GAGUCUUCUCUCUCUCUCUCUCUGUUUCGAUCGGAAACCAAAAAAACACAGAAGGAAACUUGGAGAUCCCGAUGGGGAAGACCUACUUGAGAAUGAUGACUGACACCGUUGCCAGCGAUUCGAUCAACACUGAUUUCAAAGACCUCGCUGCUGCUGCUAAGAACCUCGCAACUCAUGUUGUUCAUCUCGGGAGCUUAGGCUUCGGCACCACUUUUCUUCAAUGGGUCGCUUGUUUUGUUGCAAUUUAUCUGCUGGUCUUGGAUCGGACAAACUGGAAGACAAACAUCCUCACAGGACUGCUGAUCCCAUACAUAUUCUUCAGCCUUCCUUCACUUCUUUUCUCCAUCUUGAGGGGACAAAUCGGAAGAUGGAUUGCUUUCGUUGCGGUUAUCUUGCUACUCUUUUUCCCUAAAAAGUUCCCAGAAAUUAGGGAAUGGGCUGAAAUGCCGGCUUCACUGAUCCUUCUGACGGUUGUGGCUCCGAGUUUAAUUGCAACCACUGUGAGGGAUAGCUGGAUCGGCCUUGUAAUAUGUCUCGCCAUUGGUGCUUACUUACUGCAAGAACACAUUCGGGCAUCUGGUGGAUUCAGAAAUGCCUUCACACAGCCCCAUGGCGUAUCAAAUACUGUCGGCAUUAUCUGUUUGUUCGUCUACCCUGUUUGGGCGUUGGUCCUUGACAUCCUAUAGUUCCCUGCACUCUCUUAUUCUGUUGAGGGUUGUAGUCUUGUUGAUUUUGUUAUGAUCUUGGUUUUGUACCUUCAAUUCGUUCCGACCUUGCACAAUUCCUAGUGCUCCUGUUGUAUUCUUUUCAUAUCUGUACGCUACUGUUUGAAUCUAUAAAUAUAUGGGCAGAAACUUUGUGCAA